AUGAUGCUGAUUCUCGAAGAUUGUUCUUUAAGAGAAUUUUCUACUCAAAUGAUUCAUGUCCUUGUGAACUGGAAGAAGUUUCUGCUAGGAUUUAAAAAAAAAUGUGGCGGACUGCCACUGGCUAUAAUUACAUUUGCAAGUUUGCUUGCCAGUAAGGCACAUAACAAGGAUGAAUGGGAGAGACUGCAAGAUUCCAUUGGUACUGGUUCUUCGUUUGAUAAUGAUGCGAACUUAAAAGGGAUGAAAGAUAUAUUGUUACAUAGUUACCUGGAUCUUCCCCACCACUUGAAGACUUGUUUAUUAUACUUGUGUAUAUAUCCAGAGGACUCCAUGAUCAAUAUUAAACUGUUGAAAUGGAAAUGGAUAGCGGAAGGAUUCAUUGCUACACAAUGGGGAAGUUUGGAUCAAGUAGCACAUAACUGUUUUAAUGAGCUCGUCAAUAGAAAUAUGAUUCAUCCAGUUUAUGGUAAUUAUGGCAGUUCAGUGAAAUAUUGUAGGGUCCAUGAUAUGGUGCUUGACCUUAUUAUAUCUUUAUCGGAUGAGGAGAAUUUUGCCACUGUCUUAAAUGGGCGUAUAUGCAAUUCUUUCCCAAAUAAGAUACGUCGUCUGUCCAUGCAAUCUAGUGGGAAAGGGCAUAAAGGGGCGGUUGAUGCAAUUACAGAAACCACGGUACAUGUUCGCUCACUGACUGUGUUUAUGCUGCAUAAGCAGAUACCCCAUCUCGUGGACUUCCAUGCUUUGAGGGUGUUGGAUCUUGAAGAAUGUUAUUGGUUGGAAAACAAGCAUGUAAAACACAUAGGAAGUUCAUGCCAGCUGAGGUAUUUGAGAAUUGGCGGUUUUAAAAUUACUGAGCUUCCUGGUGAAAUCGGAAAGCUGCAGCACUUGGAGACUCUGGAUUUGAGAGACUGUGAUUCACUUCUAAGACUGCCAUCAACCGUGGCGGAGUUGCGGAAAUUGCUGCGUCUAUUUGUCAGCAGGAACACACAAUUACCUGCAGGUGGGUUCCGGAGUCUGCAGGCCUUGGAGGAGUUAAGCUUCCAGGAAACUGACGACCCAGUGAGAUUUGCGGAGGAAGUAAAUGAGUCGGGCAAAUGCAACCUUCGCUAUCUUCGUACUGGAGGAGAGAUAGCCAAGCGUCUGUUCUGUAGCCCAUGCUGCACAUACCCGUGCCUCCAAGUUCUUAAAAUUGAGUCAAUUUUUAGAGUGGAAAUGGUUCCCAGGGGAAUGGCCUCCCUCAAGAAUCUCGUGAAACUAUGCAUAUGGGUCAAGGAAUUUGAUAAGGAGGGUCUCCAAGUUCUCAUGGGCAUGCCUUCUCUGGCCCAUCUGGAGCAUGGCAUAAUAGGAGGGGCCAAUGAAAAGCUGAUCAUCGGUACUGAUGGAUUCAAACUGCUAAAGGUCUUCUACUUCCACUAUUUACGCCCCCGUUUUGCUGUUGAAGUGAAACCAACGGGUGGACUGCGGCUAACAUUUGCACCAGGUGCUAUGCAAGCACUCCAUUAUCUCCGACUUGACUUGAACCCAAUGUUUGUGGCGUCCGACUUUUUUGAAGACUUGGGUGUCGAGCAUCUUCCAGGCCUUGCACAGCUCGAGGUCGAAAUCAGUUGUUUCAGAGCAGCUCCACGCAGGGUGAAGGCUCUUGAGUGUUCCGUUGAAAAAGCAAACAACUUGCUCCCCAAGUGCAGAAUCCGCGUCAGCAGAGCCCUUGAAGAUUACAUGUUGAAGGAUGACAAGGAGUGGGAAGAGGUCGUCGCAAACAGAAUCUCGGGCGAAGAGAGGAGACCAGAAGAAUGA